AUGCCUAUUUAUGCCAAGUUUAUGAAGGAGUUGUUGAGUAAGAAGAGGGAUUGGAAAGAAAGUGAGACAGUGGUGCUGACUAAGGAAUGUAGUGCAAUUAUCCAGAAAAAUCUUCUAGAGAAGUUGCAGGAUCCCGGGAGCUUUCUCAUUCCUUGUGCCAUUGGAGACACCAUGAUUCAGAGAGCCUUAUAUAAUCUUGGGGCUAGUAUUAACCUCAUGCCUCUUUCACUGAUGAAAAAACUUCAAAUUGAUGAGGUAAAAUCCACUCACAUUUUCCUUCAACUUGGUGAUCAUUCUAUUAAGUAUCCCCUUGGAGUUGUUGAAGAUUUGUUAGUGAAAGUAGGAGAUUUCAUCUUUCCUGCUGAUUUUGUGAUAUUAGAUAUGGAAGAGGACAAAAAUGCCUCUAUAAUCCUUGGAAGACCUUUUUUAGCCACAGCAAGAGCUCUGACUAAUGUAGAAAAAGGCGAAUUGGUUCUGAGAGUCAAUGAAGAGGAAAUUGUCCUCAAUGUGUUCGAAGCCUUACAAUACCCUAAUGACUCCGAAAGGUGCAUGAGAGUUGAUAUGAUUGAACCUCUGAUUAAAGAGGCAUUUGAAGUUGAGAAACUUGAUGAUGUUCUAGAGCCUCCCUCUGAGGAUACUUUGCUUGAAAUUGAUGAUUCAACACCUCAUAAGGAGAAAUCCCACACGGCUAUCACUCAGGAAGGGGCUCCGAAACUUGAGUUGAAGCCUCUACCUCCAUCUUUAAAGUAUGCUUUCCUGGGAGAACAAGACAUUUAUCCAGUGAUCAUUAACUCUUCUCUAAAACAUGAGGAGGAAAAGGCGCUGAUUCAAGUACUCUGGAGUCAUAAACUGCUAUUAGAUAAACCAUUAGUGAUUUAA